CACUCUGCCAUGAAGCUCCUGAUACUUGUCUCCUUGGUUGCGGCAGCCGCCGCCGAGAAACGCCCGGCCUACGGUCUACCAAGACCUUCUGGUCCAGGUUUCAUCAUAGGUGGAUCAGGUGGUGGAGGCUUCGGAGGUGGAGGUGGAGGCUUCGGUGGUGGCGUAGGGGCCGGGGGAGGAGGCUUCGGUGGUGGCGUAGGAUUCGGUGGCGGCGCCGGAUUCAGUGGAGUGGGAUUAGGUGGCGGAGCAAGAUUAGGUGGUGGCAGAGGAUUCGGUGGCGGCGCAGGAUUCGGUAGCGGCGCAGGAUUCGGUAGCGGCGCAGGAUUCGGUAGCGGCGCAGGAUUCGGUGGCGGUGUAGGAUUCGGUGGAGUCAGCUGUGGAGCUGGACAGGUUCGUCAUGUGGACGGAAGUUGCGUGACUCCUAUUGUCACCAGAAAUUCAUUUGUGUAUACGGCUCCACCAGUGGCCCCAAUCGUCGGUCCACGCCCAAAUGUUCCCCCACCAAGGCUUGAACACAACAUUAUCUUCAUCCGUACCCCAGAAGUAGGACUUGGUCAGGAACCCAUUGUGGUGCCACCACCUCAACAGAAGAACGUCGUGUACGUCCUCAACAAGCGACCAGAACUGGAGCAGAAGGUCGUCCACGUUCCAGCACAAGAACAACAGACUCCAGAAGUGUUCUUCGUCAACUACGGAGAGGGCGACAACCCGACUCUACCUACAGGAGAGGACCUCCAUUCUGCCCUCGGUGCUGCUGCUCACGGUGGUGGUCAGGUUAUUGGAGGCGGCAUUGGCGGUGGCAUUGGAGGCGGCAUUGGCGGUGGCUUUGGAGGUGGCAUUGGCGGUGGCAUUGGAGGUGGCAUUGGAGGUGGCAUUGGCGGUGGCAUUGGAGGCGGCAUUGGUGGUGGCCAUGGAGUCGGCAUUGGUGGUGGCCAUGGAGGCGGCAUUGGUGGUGGCUUUGGAGACGACUUCAGUAGUGGCGAGAGCAGAGAAGGUGGCUUCAGUGUGUCGACCCCGUCUGGUCUAUAUUCCACGCCAUAAAUAUGUUAACACCGCCCUCUCCAUCAGGCUUCGGCCAUCGUACUGCAGGACGGAACAAAUGAUUUUCUUUAUCUAAUUUCCCGUUUAUCUAAUCCUUCCACUUAUCCUGUAAUAUUUAUUUUAUCCCAGAGAUAUAUUUAUUAAUAUGACAAAUAUUGAUAUCUGCUGUAAACAAUGGCUUAGAUAAAAAUAAAACCUUAAUUAUA